AUGCCUGCCAGUGUGGACGACAGUAUUAUUCCACCUCCUGUCGAUGGCAAAAUGUAUAGCCGUCAUGAAUGCAUCCAGGUGAUUGAAUUGGCUCCCAAAACGGUUGCCAAAGCCACGGUGAUUGAUGGAAUUAUUGGUAUGUCAUAUAUUCCAGUCAAGAAAGCUUCUCUGUAUCGAAUGAUGAAACGCUGGAGAGAACAUAAGAAUGCGGGUGGCACGCUCGAAUCAUUUCCCAAGUACGAUUGGAACAACUUUGGAAGACCUUCCCUUCUCUCAACAAACGAUUUGAAGGAAGUUGCGCAAGAGCUGUCAGCUCGUCCUGGCAAAACUAUUUGCUUGGAGGAGCUCAAGGAAAAAAUGAUCAGCCGCAAAAAGGAGAAGAUCGAAGCUAGCGGAAAGAUUCUCCUGUCAGAAUCGACUGCUACUCCGUGUAAGGACACCUUGCGCAGUUAUGGAACUCAUCUUAGGUUGACUGGAGGAGUAAGUUGUCCCAGCAGCAGCAUUAAGAAAACACGGACCCGUGCCACUGCCGAAACUUCUAUUCGAUCGAGUGCUGCUUUCAUUGCAGUGGUUGCAAUUUCUCACUUGACCAUCACUGGUGAUAUCAAUGAGCAUCCAGAUGUGACAAAGUUUCUCAGGUAUGCCCCUGAGCUGGAGAGACUUGUCUAUGAGAAAGUGAGCAGUUUCUUUGGUGGAGUCCCCUUGUUCCCUAUCAAGGCACGCUAUUUGAUUUCCUCCGACGAUACAACGGAGUGGACGAUGAAUGGAUUGAACACGGAUAACACCAAUGAGGUUUUCUUCACUGCGAUUUCUUCUUAUCAUACUGACACUGGCAAAAGGUCACAGUACAAUACUGGGCCAGCUCCGGCUGUUACCGGUGGGAUCAGAGUGAAAAUGACAGCUCUCAUGUCUGCCGCUGGAAUAUUCGGGCCACUUUGUGUUUCAGUGCUGGGUUUGAAUGAACGUGAAUUACCCAAAGACUCUUGUGAGUCUGGUGCAGUCAUUAUCAAAGUGAGAGGACUUUCCAUAGGAGGUGGUGGCGUUACCGUUGGAUCUAAUCAAUGUGGAUACAUUAUGCUUGUCCGAAAUGACGGGAACAAGGACACCGAAAAAGUCAAAUGUCAGCUCUUCACAAAACACUGUCUUUUACCCUUUAUUGAAACUCUACGAAAAGAGGAUCCCGGUGGUCAUUGGACGCCUGGCUUGCCAAUUCCAGACAGCCUCCAAGCUAUGGUGUGGUGUGAUGGAGAAUUGUCACAACUCGCCACUAUGGUCGAUCCGGUUCUACUGAAACAGUUCAAAGAUUUGAGCAUUGGUACCAACAAACAAUCUGCAGCCCGCACAGCUACGGAACAACCUUGUGACAUUUGCUCUAUAUUCAAAGAUUUGAAAAUAGCCAACAAAGCAACAACUUUGAAAGACACUCUUCCCGAGGCCCAUCAUUUCAAAGACAUCGUUGUCGGAUCUCUGGCUUUGGCAAACCGGAAAUACGGCUUCAAACUCAAACAAUCAAAGCAUGAUGCGCUUGUGGAUUUUGGAUUUGGCGUUUCCAAAUUUCAAUGGUAUGCUACGCACUUGCAGGGACGAGAUUGA